CCUAUCUUACCCCCAAAGAAAUAGAAACGAUACACUUUCAACGCCAACUUCCACUUCGACGAAUUCGGCUCUCUGCCUUGCAUACUACAUAUAUAUCUUCCUGCCGCGUAUUGUUCGACGGAGCUAGUUUUCGUCCUCCCACUAUUUUCACUUGCCGAUAGAACUCCGAGAACGUGCACGCCCUCACGCAACCUACCUGUCCACACGAAGCAACGUCGAUUCAAUACCAAAUCAAUACCAUUAUACCUGCAUUUUCUACAGUCGCAAUAUAAUUUUGCUUUCAAUUUCCCCUCCGUGAGGGCAUCUUGAUCGUGGGUUCUCAAAUAGGUCACUGCUCAAGGAGACCUUUUCGAUUCUUUCAUUAUUAUUUUUUUUUAUGUAUAUCAGGCGAAGUCCUUGAUAAAACGAAUAAAUGCCAUAUCUGGCCUACCAAACCCACUCGUCCGUUCGACUAAACCCCCUCUCAUCCUCAAACAUGGCGCCUUCAGCAACGACACAUGUGCAAUCGCAGCCGCCGCCACAGCCAACCACCAACGACAAAGCCCCUGACCUGGCCUCAUUGGGUGACCAUGUCGAAGAAACAACCUUCGAACAAAUCCUCGAGAUGGACGACGAAGAUCCGUCGCGUGAAUUCAGCAAGGGCUUGGUAUACGGGUUUUUCGAUCAGGCAGAGACUACAUUUGUGAAGAUGGAGAGCGCAAUCGAGACAAAAGACCUCAAUGAAAUCACUCAACUAGGCCACUUCCUCAAAGGCUCGUCGGCGACGCUAGGACUCACAAAAGUGAAGGAAGCGUGCGAAAAGAUUCAAAAUCUCGGCGCGGGCAAGGACGAGUCGGGCACGGUCAACGAGCCCAACGCGGCCAUCUCGCUAGCGAAUAUCAAGAAGACUCUGAUUGAGACAAAGGACGACUACAAGGAUGCCGUCGUGCGGCUGAAGCGUUUUUAUGGCGAGAAGGUUUGAAAGAAAAAAAGAAAAA